UGUAAGCUGUCACCAUGACCUUGACGAAAGGGUCCUUCACCUACUCCAGUGGGGAGGAAUAUCGUGGCGAGUGGAAGGAGGGCCGCAGACAUGGCUUUGGUCAACUGCUGUUUGCAGAUGGUGGCACCUACCUGGGUCAUUUUGAGAAUGGGCUUUUUAAUGGCUUUGGGGUACUGACCUUCUCAGAUGGCUCACGGUAUGAGGGGGAGUUUGCCCAGGGCAAAUUUAACGGCGUUGGAGUCUUCAUUCGACAUGACAACAUGACGUUUGAGGGAGAAUUUAAAAAUGGCAGAGUAGAUGGUUUUGGCCUGCUCACUUUUCCUGAUGGUUCUCACGGAAUACCCCGUAACGAAGGUCUCUUUGAGAACAACAAGCUUCUGCGGCGUGAGAAGUGUUCUGCAGUGGUCCAGCGGGCCCAGAGUGCCUCCAAGUCAGCCAGAAAUCUCACUGCCUGAGGGGGCACUGGGCUCAUCUGGGAAAGUGUCCGUAAAUCCAGUGCUCCCAUUGUUCACUUGAAGUGAACCAGCAAACGAGAUCUGGGAGGAGAUGAGGAGAGAAUGACCAGGGAGCCAAGCCUGUGAUGUGCUCCUUCACCUGCCAACCAAGAACUGGAUCACAGAAAAGUACUGACAGGUUUGAUCCAAACAGUAGCAGUUGGUAGCAGUUCUGUCUUUCCCUGACCCUCAGUGUAGAGAACACAGGAGCUAGAUUUUCUUACUUGUUGGCUUUCCCUGUUCCUAAAACUUUAGCUCUUAGUGCAGACCUGCUGCAGCCUUCCCUCUGUUUGCUGCCAAGCGAUUCACACUGUCUAUUUUGCCUGCAUCUGGG